UUACUAAAAAGAGAUGGACAAAACUUGCCAUUUUGUAGGAGGAUGUAACCUACCUAGGAGUUCAUCAGUUGCAUGCAUUUGGAAUAAUAUUUGCCAUCAACAACUUGCUAAAGUGAGAAAGGGGCCCUGGAGUUCAGUAAACUAUUUCUCAUGCUUUGAAUCUCCUGCUUUAUCUGAUCUUCCCUCCACUCCAGUGGUAUAUAAGAAGCACUCUUUUGAGCUCCCUCCAAGCCAAGCCAACCAAAGUCCUCUGCUCCCCUGCUCCUUCACUCUGCUUCACUCUCACUCACUCACCUUCUUGGUACAUUGCAAUUUUGCAAUGGCCAAGAAUGGUGGUGCUCACGGUGCAGCCACAUUGUUUGGUCUCUUGGCACUUGCAUCAAUGGUGAAGCUGGGAUUUGUUGCUGGGGGUGGCCAUGACUAUGCCAUGGCAUUGAGGAAGAGCAUCCUCUACUUCCAGGCGCAGCGGUCCGGCGUUCUCCCUCCUAACCAGAGGGUCUCCUGGAGAGCCAGCUCUGGCCUCUUUGAUGGAAAGGCCAAUGGAGUUGAUCUUGUUGGAGGUUAUUAUGAUGCAGGGGACAAUGUCAAGUUUGGGUUGCCAAUGGCGUUCACGGUGACCAUGAUGUCGUGGAGCAUAUUAGAGUACGGCAAGCAGAUGGCGGCGGCCGGCGAGCUCCGGAACGCCAUGGACGCCGUCAAGUGGGGCACCGACUACUUCAUCAAGGCGCACCCGGAGCCCGACGUGCUCUACGGCGAGGUCGGCGACGGCGACACCGACCACAGCUGCUGGCAGCGGCCGGAGGACAUGACGACGAGCCGCCAGGCGUUCCGCGUCGACCCCCAGCACCCCGGGUCAGACCUCGCCGCCGAGACCGCCGCCGCCAUGGCCGCCGCGUCCAUCGUCUUCCGCGGCACGUACCCUGGCUACGCCAACCUCCUCCUUGUGCACUCCAAGCAGCUGUUCGAGUUCGCCGACAAGUACCGGGGCAAGUACGACGCCAGCAUCACGGUGGCGCGAAACUACUACGGCUCCUUCAGCGGAUACGGGGACGAGCUGCUCUGGGCGGCGGCGUGGCUGUUCGAGGCGACGGAGGACAGGUCCUACCUGGAGUACCUCGCCGGCAACGGCGAGGCGCUGGGCGGGACGGGGUGGUCCAUCAACCAGUUCGGGUGGGACGUCAAGUACCCCGGCGUGCAGGUCCUCGCCGCCAAGUUCCUCCUCCAGGGCCGCGCCGGCGACCACGCCGCCGCGCUGCAGAGGUACAGGCAGAACGCGGAGUUCUUUGUGUGCUCCUGCGUCGGCAAGGGCGCCGUCAACGUCGCCAGGACCCCCGGCGGCAUGAUGUACCACCAGAGGUGGAACAACCUCCAGUUCGUCACCAGCGCCUCCUUCCUCCUCACCGUCUACGCCGACUUCGCCGCCAUCUCCGGCCGCGGCGCCGUCCACUGCCCCGCCGGCGCCGCCCAACCAUUCGACAUCCUCAAAUUCGUCAAAUCUCAGGUGAAUUAUAUUUUGGGUGAUAAUCCGAGGGGGACGAGCUACAUGGUCGGGUACGGCGCGAGCUACCCGCGGCAGGUGCACCACCGCGGCGCGUCCAUCGUGUCCAUCAAGAGGGACCCGUCGUUCGUGAGCUGCCAGGAGGGGUACUCGUCGUGGUACGGGAGGGAAGCCGGCAACCCGAACCUGCUCGACGGCGCCGUCGUCGGCGGGCCCGACGAGUACGACGACUUCGCCGACGAGCGCGACAACUACGAGCAGACGGAGGCCGCCACCUACAACAACGCGCCGCUGCUCGGCGUCCUCGCCCGCCUCGCCGCCUCCUGCGGCGGCCUCAAGGAGGAGGAAUACGAACAAGAAACGGCGACUCCGGUCGUGAACCGGACGUCGUCGUCGUCGUCGCUGCCGGCGACGGCGACGGCGAUCGGGAUCGAGCAGAACGUGACGGGGACGUGGGCGAGGAGGCGGAGGACGUACUACCGGUACGCGGUGACGGUGACGAACAGGUCGCGGGGGAAGACGGUGAGGGAGCUGCACCUGGGCGUGUCGGGGCUCCGGGGGCGGCUGUGGGGGCUGGAGGAGGCGAGGUACGGGUACGUGCCGCCGAGGUGGCUGCCGGCGCUGCGGCCGGGGAGGAGCCUCAGGUUCGUGUACGUGCAGCCGGCGCCGGCGCCGGCGAACAUCUGGGUCACCGGCUACAAACUGGUCUGAAAUGAACUCAAGUACUCAACUAUUCUGAAAUGGUAAUUUGUGGUAGAGAGAGAGUAGAGUGUGGUUAUUUGGAGGAAGUAGAGAAGAGUCCAAGGAACGCGAGUACGUAUACUCAUCCUCUUCCUCCUCGAAUACUAUGAUUUUAGGGGUUUGGAGAGAUGAGAUUUAGUUGUUCAUCGUCCUCCUUUUGCCCUAUCAAGUUUAAUUAAGUAACUAUUAAUAUGCGACUGAGCUACUAUCUUCA